AUGGCAAACAAUGAGGAGAAUAGAGAUAUAAGGUCACGACAAGGAAUAAAUACCAUUAUAGUCAAUAGUGCAAGGAACAUGCACAUGAAAACCGUAAAUGCACGUAUCCCACAGAAAUCUACUCCACAACCACUGUCGCAACAACAAAAUCCACAAUGGAACAAUUUCAUGGUUAAUAGAGGUACUCAAAAUACAAGCACAAUACAUCAGAGGUUCAAGAGUCCACUUGCUCCCCGUACGCAAUCAACUAGACAUGUUUGUAAUAAUCCAAAUAAUCCUCCUUGCGCACAUUGCGGUACAACAAUCAUUCCAUCUCCAAAGGCUUUCAUGCCAUUAGAGGAUAACCCAGAGAUUAUUAUCAAUAAUUGGAAAAUAUCGACAAAGAAGAAACCGAUUUUGAAUUCAGUGGAACUAGAGGAUUGGGAAAAUAAUAAACUGAAAGGAUUAGCUUUACCAGAAAUGAUAUUUGGUAAUAAUGCAAUUACAAUACAGAAUAUAGAGAAAGAUUGGACCCUGCAGUUUAAUACAUUGGAUGCUUUGAAAAUGGUGAAAUUAGAAGAUUCAGGAAUUAGAGUUUCGUAUUCAAAUAAAUGGUUGGAUGCAAAGAAAAACAAUGCUACUAAAAAUUCAAAUCAGAAAUCAGACAUCGACGAAUCAUCCUUAAAGAUAGUACACAAUUAUGACUGGACUUAUACAACAGAAUAUAAAGGUACAAUAAAACAGAAUAGUAAAGACUCCGUUGAAUACAAUUUCCAGAGGGAUGAUGAGGUUCAAUUACCAAUUGACAAAUUGUCAAGAUCUGAUAAAAUAUUGUUUUUUGACGAUAUGAUUUUAUUUGAAGAUGAAUUGGCAGAUAACGGUAUUUCCGUUCUAAAUUGUAAAAUACGUGUAAUGGAUGAACGACUACUGUUAUUAUCCAGGUUUUUCUUGAGAGUGGAUGAUGUAUUGAUCAGAGUCAUCGACACAAGAAUAUACGUUGAAUUUGAUGAAAAUAUAAUAAUAAGAGAAUUUAAAAAAUAUGAAGAUCAAUAUAGUUCUGUUCUAUCAAGACACAGAUUAUCCCAUUCAUAUGACCCAAAAGCUGCCUUAAGAGAUAGCAAUUGGGUUGUAGCAAAUUCUCCUCUGGUAACUAGAGAAUGUGAGAUAUUAAAAUUUUAA